UCUCUCAUUAUAGUACGCCGCGCCGCGGACAAGUCGCUACCGCGUAAACGUCGUCGUAGUCGUCGCCGCCGUCGCUGCCGCCGCCGCACAGCAGUCUGUCCCGCAUAACCGACCCGUGUCGAACACGAACGCGCUGCUACCUCGUAACACCUACAAAUAUUGUUGUAGCGUAUACCUGAUAAAUUUAAAAAAUAAUAUUGUUUUAUAUAAAUAUAUUUCUCGUCAGAAAUAACAAUAACACGACAUAUUAUUAUUUACGGAGAAUAAGGUACGGCCGUUAGGUGUGUUCGUUUUUUUUUUUUUUUUUAAAUCUUGUGCCGACUGCAGACUGCGGAAUAUUUCGGUUUCGUAAUUUUUUUUCUCUGGUUUUUCGGUUUUCGUUUUUUAUUAUAACGUCGUCCACACUUCGACCGCAUAUAGGCGUGCGGCCAAUGAAUCGCUGCGCGAAUACCGCAACCACCGCAACGACCCGCACCGCCGCCGCCGACGACUGCACCGCGGCGACGCCGGCCGUUGUUGUCGUAGUGGUCUCGUAGCACGCGCGUCCCGCGAAAACGUCUCAAAACCGCGGGUCUCCCGCGUACCAUGACUUCUCAGUUUUCACAACAACUCGCCAAAAAUAUCGGACAUCAGACCGCAUCUUUAGCGCCGCCGCCGCAGUCUCUGUUACCGCAGCCGCCGCACACGUCUUCGUCGUCGUCUUCGAGCCCGCCGCCCUUACAGCUAUCGCUCACCGCGGCCCGGCGACACACGUCCGUCUCGCCACAACCGCCGUCCUCGACCGCAGCCGGCCACAACUCUUCGCCGCCACCGCCGCCGCCACCCACUCACCAACCGCGGUCCACCGUCGGCGGAACGACCACCGCAGCACCGCCGGCGUCACUACCGUCCACGGCACCGUCGUCCGUCGGCGGCAGUCCCACCACGGCCGUAGCCACGGUCAGCACGUCCACCGCCGCGGCCGCGGCCGCCGCACCUCCCCGGUGCUGCGACACCGGCCGGCCCAUAUUCACCGACCCCAUCACCGGGCAGACGGUCUGUUCGUGUCAGUACGACCUGCUCAGCUACCAGCGACUGGCCGCUUCCGGUGUUCCGGCCCUGUCCAUGUACACCGCACCGUACCCCGAGGGCAUGGCCGCCUACUUCCCGGCCCUCGGCUCUGACCAGCCUCCGUUCUACUCUGCCGCCGCAGCGGGACUUGAUCUCAAAGAGAACUUGGCAGCUGGAGCUACAUGGCCGUACCACUCGGUCUAUCACCCCUACGAUGCGGCGUUUGGGUACCCUUUCAACGGGUACGGCAUGGACCUGAAUGGAGCCAGGCGGAAAAACGCUACGCGAGAGACAACUAGCACGCUGAAGGCUUGGCUUAACGAGCACAAGAAAAACCCGUACCCGACCAAGGGCGAAAAGAUAAUGUUAGCCAUCAUCACCAAAAUGACGCUCACGCAGGUGAGCACGUGGUUUGCUAAUGCCCGAAGACGGUUGAAAAAAGAGAAUAAGAUGACUUGGGAGCCUAGAAAUAGGGUCGAAGACGAAGACAACAACAAUGAGGAUGACCGAAAGAGCCCCGACCCGAAAGAUCUCGAUUGUAAAGACUCGGGCACGGGUUCGAGCGAAGACGGCGACCGUCCGGGCGCCAAUCACACGGGCAGCGAGUGGAGCGAAUCGCGGGCCGACAGCGGACCGGACUCGCCGGAGCUGUUCGAACGGCCGCCGCCGCCGCACUUCCUGCACCACCCGCCGCCGUACCACCACGGCCACUAUCCCGGCGCGCCGCACCAUCCGCCGCCGUCGCACCUCGGCCACCACCAUCACCACCACCAUCCGUCGGCCGCGCCGCCGCAUCACCGGUUCGCGUCCGUGUCGCCUCCGGCCACCGGCGGCGUGGGCGGCGUGUUGCUGCCGUCGCAGAGCAGCGCCCCGAAGCCGCGCAUCUGGUCGCUGGCCGACAUGGCCAGCAAGGACACGACGACCACCGCGACGGUCGCGGCCGCGGUCGAGACGGCCGCCCCGUCCACCCCGCCGCCUCCGCAGUCGCCGCACCACCAGCAACUGUCGCCGCCGUCCGUCGGCGGAGCGGCGUCCGGCCACCGGCGGCCGCCCGCCGUGCCCGUACCGUCGUUGCCGGCCGGUUACGCGCGCCACGAGCAGCUGUACCGGUCGUUCUACGAAGAUCCCGCGGCCGCGGCCUAUCACGCGCGCGCUUUCGGCGGCGGCGGCGGCGGACUGGUGUUCCAACCGUCGGCGGCCCACCAGCACCAUCUGCACCAUCAUCACCAGCAGCAGCAGCAGCAACAACAGCAGCUGCACUCGGCGGCCGCGGCGGUCGCCGAACCGUCGCCCGCCUCGUCCUCGUCCGACGCCGAAUCCGUCGUGGCCGUCCAGCACGCCGAACGGGCUUGACGGGCAAAAGCGGAUAUAGCUCGACGACACACACACGUAAAUCCAAAGAUAAAACAAAAAAAAAAUAUACAUAAAUAAACAUUUUAUUUUGUACAUAUUAACGAUAAUAUUUAAAAGUAAAAUUUGUACAUAACAUUAUAUUAUUAUAUUAUUACGAUGAAUAAAUUAUAUUAUAUAUAUAUAUAUAUUAAUGAAAAUAUAAAGUAAAAACGCAUAUGAUAUGAUAUAGAAAACGGCAUGUAUAAGACAUUGUGCGGACAAUAAAAAAAAAAAAGUAAUGUUAUACUACUGUUGAAAAACAAAAAAAAAAUAAAUAAAUAACAAUUAUAAACAAAAUAAUUAUAUACACUUAUAAUAUAUAUACGUAUUUACGACGAAGAAAUAAUAAUUAUUAUAUAUAUAUAUCUAAAUAACAACGCGAUUUUGAUGUACACGAAUUAGUGAACUUAUUUAUUAAAAUUUGGUAUUAUAUACGGAUCGUAUUUCUUGAAAAAAUUCGGGGUUUUUUGAGGGGUGAGAUGGGGCUCGUGAAGUACAGAGACUUUGUCGUUUUCAUUUAUAUAUCUCAGUGAGAAAUUGUAUUUUAAAUAUUAUACAC